UGGGAUUCAACGAAGUUUUGUAACGCUGUUUGCAUUGUUCAGUGUACUAUAUUAAGGUCACAUUGUUCUUCAGAUUUUCAUACUAGUUCUAAGUAUAUAACAGAAAUAUGAAGACGAUUCCUGUUUUCGUGAUGUUGAUGUUUCUUUGUAUUCCAUCAAGAAAUUCAGCUGACAUAGGACACUUAAAACUCCAAAGAAGAGAAGAUACAAAGAAACACGAGUUGACUACUAUACAAAAGAAACUAAUCGUUGAUAAACAUAAUGAAUUGAGAAGAGUAGUCAAUCCACCGGCAGCCGAUAUGCUAUAUAUGUCAUGGGACAACGAUCUUGAAAAGCUUGCUACAAGUUACUCAAGAAAAUGCAUAUUUGAGCAUAAUCCGGAUAGAGCGUUAGAAGGAUACAAUUACAUCGGAGAAAACCUGCACGUAUCAAAAGGCCACGGAAUAACUAAUGAGUAUGGUGCGAACGCUGUUAUAUCAUGGGAUAAUGAGAAGCAUGAUUACACAUACGCAACAAGAUAUUGCACACCGGGAAAGCCUUGUGGGCAUUACACGCAGACUGCAUGGGCUAAAAGCUACAAAGUUGGCUGUGGAAUGACCACGUGUGACAUUAUCGACGUAUUUGGGGCAAUUUGGACAAACGCGAUAUUAUUUACGUGUAACUAUGCACCAGGAAGAAAUUCUGGAAGUCAAGCAAUUUAUACAGCUGGAACGCCAUGCUCCAAAUGUCCAAAAUAUGACAAGUGCGUUGAGAAACUAUGUACCAAUACAACAAGGGACUCAUCAGGCUCUAUCAGAAUGACAUCGGCGAACUCAUGGAAGUUUGCGUUUAUAUUCACCGUCAUCUUGCAAUACGGAAUACACAUGUUUGACGACUAAAGAUCAGCAUGACAGGAUCUACAUGCAUUGAAAUCUUUCGAUAUUAACAUGAGACUAUUUUUUGUGACACACACGCUGUUAUUGGACCUAGAAAAUUUGUUAAAAGUAAUUUUAUAAACAGAAAUCUACAUUUUCGAUUGAAUUGUGGACUAAAUUUGAUUAUUUAUGAGCGCUGUUCUAAAACGGAUUCAGAUUCAGAAAACAGAUUUUGGUUUGAUUAUAGUCACAGGUCGUAGUUAUUGCAUCUGUUUUUGAUAGAAUGUCACAAUAUUCCUGUUUGUCUGCUUUUAUUAUAUAUUAUUUUGCACCAUUUAUGGCUAUAGACUAUUUGCACAACAACAUUCGAUAUUUUGCACUUUACAAUAGUUUUUUUUUUGUUUUUAAACGCUCCGUAAUAUUUUGAUUGAAUGAUAUAGUUUACCUCAGUUUCGAACUAAUUGAUCUUCAGAAAGCACUGUAGAGCUUGCAAUCAAUUGUUUAAAAUGAAAUAUCACGGCGCUGAUUUUAGCAAUCAUUUUUAAUGUAUAUCUACCCCAGUACUCACAUGCCUGUCUAUAGUACCAUACCUACCCACAUUUGAUGUAAGUGAAGAUUAAUGUCUACUUGGUAUAUAUAUAGAGAUGUAGGCUACUAACAUCGUUAUUUUUGAACGAUAACAAUACAAUAUCUGACAGAUACUUGACAGUUGUUGUUUGUUGAUAUUAUAAAAUUUUAUUUCUUAUUUAAUUUUGAUUUAAAUAUUUUAAAAUCCAAAUUAUUUUGAUUUGUCAAGGAUUUUUUUAAACUAGUCAAUGAGUUGUAUAUAUCUAGUCUAAGACAGUAGUAUUUCGAUUGUAGCUAUGUUUUUGCUGCUCCCACAUAUAUAUAUCUCAUUUGUGAGGAGGAAAUGAAAGAAGAUAAUUAUGGAAUCAAACGAACAGCUUGCUUACACUUUUGUACAUGAUGAUAUACUUAUGUAUUUUAAUCUUGUUAACUGAUGCCGAAUUAGAAUAAUUAUGCAAAUAAAUGAUUCACGAAUUAUUUGAAUACUUACUAUUAGCAAUUUUCCGGCAAUAGGAGUAAUAUGAUUCAAUUUUAAUCUGUCAUAUCGUAAAGUAGUCGACAGGAUAUGUCUCAAUGGAUACAUUGUGAACGAUGUGUCAUACAUGAUUGUAUCGCUAUUUAGUUGAAUCAUUGCUAUUGCCUUUGACACAAUUGGAUGGUUGAAUAUUUGAAGUUGACAUCAUUUGUCAACUGGGUAAAUAGGUUAUUUUAUUGUUGGCAACAAUCUUUCUAAUUACAUGGCCGAACACGUCUUCUCGCAGGGCCGACUUGUGCGAGACGAAUUGUGCGGGGCCAAUUUUGGUUAUAUAUAAUAAUACAAAAAACUGAAAAAAAAAUUUCUGAUAGAAGAUGAAUUCUUUUCUCACUUCAAAUACUACGAUAUACUAUCAAGUACAAUUUGGGAUUAAAGUAACGUUAUCUUUCGGGCACCGCCUGCCGCGUAAUAUCUUCGUGAAUGGCCGACCUCACAUAUUUUCUUGCAUAGUUUGGCGGCGCGAAAAGAUCUUUUCACCAGAUUCCACAUAGGAAAAACGUGUGCAUCACAGUAGUUGGGAAAAGCAGUGCAUCACCUAGAAUUAGCAUGGGGUUACGUAAGUGUGGAGCCCAUUGCGGUCGGGUGGGUUUGGUACGUACGGAUAUAUUGAUCCAGAAUAAAUUUCCAGCUGCGAGGAAUUCAGCAAACUUUAGGCAGAUGAAACUUCUUCUGUAGGACGACUCUAAAGCAUUUCAGCAACGACGCGAGCAUUCUUGUGGCACAUUGACUUAAUAAUCUGCUCUGCAUCGGUUCAAUGUACACACAAAGCAUUAACAGGAAAUCAUAAAGAUACAGAAUAUGGCCGGUAUGAUGCCACAUAUUAAACAUAUAAUUGCGCCGACCGAUCCUCAACUACAAUCGAACUAUUCAAUGACAAAAGUUAUAUUGAUACUCUAUAAAAACUUAAUUAUAAAAUAUAUUAUGGCAUAAAAACUAUGGAAAAUUGGAGGUAUACAAAAUUAAUAAAACAUUGGAUUGACUUCUGCAUGAACGUGCAUAUAAACUACAGGUAAAUUUUGUGACAGAAGCAAUAUUUAAUAGGUAAAGCUAAUAUAGAUUCAAUUAGUUUUAAAAAAAAAAA